GGGUCGAUAACAAAAAUCAGGCCCAACAAAUUUUGAACUUCAAUUUAUAAGAAAUGAAAUGGUGGCGAACGUUUCCAGUCCUAAAUCCCUCAGUUUUCCUGGUGAACUCCAUAAUUUAAAUUUAUGAUUUUUAAUUAAGAAAUAGUGACAGACGCAUGAUAGCAGUGAAAACUACAUCUACAGCAUCAAGAGAACUGCAUCCCGCUAAAAGGCCAUGAAGACACACGACAGGAAUUUCAGAUCACCCAGUGUGUUUAGUUGGAGCGAUGAAGACACCAAUCAAGAACAUAGAAAUUGAAAAAGAAAUUUUAUGAUUGGUCUACUUUUACGCAGAACGAGUCACAAAAUUCUCGAUUUGAAAUUGAUAGGUACGGAUUAAAAAUUUUGGAGUGUCUUCUCUGCCGGAAAUGGCUGAGUAUCGUAAACGAGAGAAAACAGCUGAUCGCAGAGGAGAGAGACGCCAAUGCCAUGGCCUAUGUACAAUGUGUGUUGGAGUGAAAAACACAAUGAUUAGACAGUCGCACUAAAUACUGAAUAAUAUAAAUUAAAACUGAAGAUAAUCAGUAAAACACACAUGUUUGAAAAUCGUCAGUGAGAGAUAAUGAUUCGCAGGAAUAGAACGAAGCAUAAACUAAUCGUAAUCGCUGUUAUCUUGGGAUCAACAAUAUUAUACUGUGAAUUUAUUGCCUACGAGAUUCAGCGUCUGAGUUGGGCUAGAAGGGAGUGCAACGAAUGCGUUAAAGUAUUACUCGUUGCAGACCCACAAAUACUGGGUGAGAGAAAUGAAAAUUAUUUUGGGGCCUCAUUUGCCAGAUGGGACAGUGACAGAUACCUGGCAAAAACAUUCAGCCGGGCUAUGGGCCAUGCUCAACCUGACGUGAUAGUAUUCCUAGGAGAUCUCAUGGACGAGGGUCAUGUUUCCACAAUGCAAGAUUUUAGUAGAUAUAAGAGUAGAUUUGAUGCUAUAUUUCAAACACCAGAGCACGUAUUGACAAUUUAUUUGCCUGGAGAUAAUGACAUUGGUGGUGAGGAAGACUCGGUGUCGGCACUUAUCCAUAACAGAUUUAAGUUCGCCUUUUCUCAAUCAGAUACUUUAAUUCAUAAAAGUUUGAUUUUUUUCAAGGUGAAUCGAUUGACUCAUUAUAUGCCAAAUGCCCCUAAAUACGCUUUUCUCAAUGAUUAUACAGAAAAAAAUACAACGAAUGUUAUACUGAGUCAUAUGCCACUGUUGUUUCAACCCAAUUCGUUCGUAAAAAAUGUACUCAAGGAGCUUUCACCCCAAGUGAUUUUCACAGCUCAUGAGCACAAGGCGAUGCACUUGAGCCUAGAUACAACGAUAGAUCAACUGAGUGAUAUUUGGGUCUUACCACCCCACCAGACCCCUCUUUAUCAAUUACGUUUAGACAUGGGUGACAUACAUGAGCUGCAAAUACCGACAUGCUCAUACAGAAUGGGUACACCCAACAUGGGCUAUGGCUUAGCUUAUAUAGACACUCGUGACAAAUCGGUGGAUUUUACAAUAUUGUGGCUACCCGAAAGAUUUCCAAAGCUUAAGGCAUACCUCUGGAUAAUUUCAAUAAUUAUGACUCUCUUCAUGUCUAGUUUUCUCUGCACCUGUUGUGCCUGGUCGACUCACGUCGCCUAUUCACACUUACCUGCCGUAUAGUGAUAAUUGCAUUGAAUUGAAUGAUUCCAUUUGCUCUGGCAGCUUUUUCAGGAUUAAAAAAAAAAACAGGAUUCAAUCCAUCUCUUGAUGAAUUAUCCGUCCCACCCUUGAUUACAUAAUAUAUAAACUAUUACAUUAUUCAGCGGAUAUGAUAGUACUCAAUAUUGUAGGAGAGAAAAAAAAUCCAAUUGACAAUAAAUUAAUUUUAUAUACUUCUUGAAUUUAGUGGAAUCAUGUAUGGUUCAUUUAAUUCGUCCUACGAUAAUCCUGAUGAAUGAUCCCAUGGGAUAAAUGAGGGACUGAAGAUAUUGAUAUUAAUCAAAUGAAGGCAUCUUAUAAAGUAUAUGUAAAAUACUGUAUUUGAGAAAACGAGUACAUAUAUAAUAAUGUAAGGUUGACAUUGUUAGCGACGAUAAAAACCGUUGACACACUGCAACAGGUAAAAGUAAUUAAAUCUAAUGCCUUUCUCUUGAUGAUCAUCAUAUUAGAGCUAUCACAAUGUGCCUGAAGCACGUUCAUCACACUUAAUGUUGCCAAAAAUAAUUUGAAUUAUCUCUAAUAACGAUAAAAAAUUAUAAACAAUAUGCAUGGCAUGAUAUAAGUAACCAGAAUAAAUAUAUUACAAAUUA